UGCAUAGAUGGCGCCAUGUUUGCGGAAAAGGCGGAUGUUAUUGAUUUGGUUGGCGCGAACGUGUUGAUGUCGAAGUAAUGUUGAAUUUGUUACAAUUUAAGAUCGUUUGCUGAUUUCAAUUAAAAGAUUCCAAAUAAAUUCGCGUAAUCGAAACAGACGCACAUUAUAGCAUUGAAUAAAUAAAAAAAAAAAACACAAAAAUGUCGCACGGUGGAGUGUUUGCUAAAAAAAGUGAAUAUUUAGAAAUUGGAGAAUAUAAUUUUUCAUGGCCCGGUGAAAAUGGUACAUUUCAAGAUUUUGGCUCGGUAAAUUACACUAUGCCAUCAGGACCCUGGUACUGGCCGUGGUGUCCACUUUGGCGGUUCCCUCAACAUCCUCUAUUUCAGCUAUCCAACAUGCUUUUUGUGGCAUCCUAUUGUGCGCCAAGUACAAAAAAAGGACAAUUGUGGAUGCACACUAUUUUGAUAUUUGCUUUCAUGUUGUAUUCAAUAUGGGCAUGGCACGUCAUAUGUUCACCCGACGCCUUCUCCUGGAACUUUGGCUUUGUGUUCCUAAACCUCGCGCAAGUCGUCUACUUGGUCUAUGAGAUGAGACCCGUCAAGUUUGACCCUGAACUCGAAGAAGUUUAUCAUACGUUGUUCGAACCAUUUAAGGUAUCAAGAUUGCAGUUCAAGAGGAUGGUUUCCCCGGAUUUUGCGCAUGUGAUGUCGCUACACGCGGGCGAGGCCUACGCCAUGCAGAACCUUACUAAGACUGACCGUCUAGGGCUACUUCUUUCUGGAAAGGUGAACGUAAUGAGCGGACAUCAGUUCUUGCAUCCGAUCCUGCCAUGUGAAUUCUUGGAUUCCCCGGAAUUCGAAUCAAGUCGUGCUACCAUCGACGAAAAGUUCAAGGUGUCAAUUGUAGCAGCAUCAUCAUGUCGCUACGUAUACUGGCAGAGGAGCUCCCUCGAAUAUCUUUUUGUAAAGGAGCCGUAUCUCGCGUGUGUGGUCACAACACUAAUAGCGAGGGACAUCACUACGAAGCUGUACGCGAUGAAUAAUAAGAUAGUGACCGAGAGGGGUUCGCACUUGGAUAUACGGCUGCCGAGUAUAUCGCAUGCAUUAGCUAGGAGUCCUAGGAAACUGCGCGCUGCCGCGAAACUGCCGCCGCCGACAACGGUCCAGCCUGUACCGCCUGAGAAACGACCGAGUUACUGGACACGCGAGGCCGAUCCUAUAGCAACUGUGAAACGGAAUUGCACGCCGGUGUACGACGGUGGGGACGAAGAGCUGAUGCCUUUGGCCGCUCAUGAGGCGCCGGCGGCUUCGUCUGACGACCUGUCUGUAGCUGACAGCUGUCCUGACACGUCCUCCAAGUAUCAUAGCUGUGAGGCUGUCGAGACAGAUGAUGAACUCAGACAUUAAGGAAGACUUAGAAAUUUCCAGAAGCGAUUUGUAACAGAUUGGGAAGCUUUGAUAUGGGUAUCUAUUAGAAAAUAACUUGAGCAUAAGAGUGGUUUAAUUUCAUCGAUUAAAAGUUCUCAAAGUUUGGGGUCAAGAUAUUAUCUACAGAUAUCAGUACUUUGCGUUAAAAGUCCAUACUUUUGUCAAGUUAUUUGCUGAUGGCUAUAUUUCUUUAUGUUAUUACUUAAUACUUAGCAUGUACAUAUAAAUGUUUAAUCAAAUAAUGGUUAAAGUAUUGUCGAGACUGUAACAUUUAAUAUGAAGAAUGAAGGUGAUAGAGGGUAUAUCGGGGACUAUUGGUUCGUUGAUAAUCGAAUGAUAUGUUUAGAAAUUAAGUAAUGUACUCGCAUUGCUAAAAGUAAUGCAAACUUGUAGUGUCAAAAUUAUUGUAUGCCUUAAAAUUUUGAAUCAGUAACUGUUUCAAUCAAUGGUAAUGUAAUAAACUACUUAUAUCCCGUUUA